AUGUUUGCAAAGGGCAUUUUCAAUAAAGGGCAGCUGGCUCUUUAUGGCUUCCUCACGGGCCUGCAGCCUGGCCCCCAGCGCCAGCUGGGCAUCCCCCGGCGGCUGUGCUCUCAGCGGCCGCUCUUCUGCACGAGAAAUUCACUGCGGCUGCUCCAGCAGGAGCUCCCGAGGCUGCGGGCACAGAGCAGCGCGGCCCUGCCUGCCCCCGGCCCUGCCUGCCGUGUGCGGGUCCUGCCGUGUGCGGGGUUCAUCCGUGUGCGGGGUUCAUCCGUGUGCGGGUCCCACCGUGUGCGGGGUUCAUCCGUGUGCGGGGUUCAUCCGUGUGCGGGUCCUACCGUGUGCAGGGUUCAUCCGUGUGCGGGGUUCAUCCAUGUGCGGGUCCUGCCGUGUGCGGGGUUCAUCCAUGUGCGGGUCCUGCCGUGUGCGGGGUUCAUCCGUGUGCGGGGUUCAUCCGCGUGCGGGUCCUGCCGUGUGCGGGGUUCAUCCGUGUGCGGGGUUCAUCCAUGUGCGGGGUUCAUCCGUGUGCGGGUCCCACCGUGUGCGGGGUUCAUCCGUGUGCGGGGUUCAUCCGUGUGCGGGUCCUGCCGUGUGCGGGGUUCAUCCGUGUGCGGGGUUCAUCCGUGUGCGGGUCCCACCGUGUGCAGGGUUCAUCCGUGUGCGGGGUUCAUCCAUGUGCGGGUCCUGCCGUGUGCGGGGCUCAUCCGUGUGCGGGGUUCAUCCGUGUGCGGGGUUCAUCCAUGUGCGGGUCCCACCGUGUGCGUCAUCUGUGUCGGGUUCAUCCGUGUGCGGGUUCAUCCUGUGGGGUUCAUCCAUGUGCGGGUCCUGCCGUGUGCGGGGCUCAUCCGUGUGCGGGGUUCAUCCGCGUGCGGGGUUCAUCCGUGUGCGGGGUUCAUCCAUGUGCGGGUCCUGCCGUGUGCGGGGUUCAUCCAUGUGCGGGUCCUGCCGGUGGGGGGUUUCCGUGUGCGGGGUUCAUCCAUGUGCGGGUCCUGCCGUGUGCGGGUUCAUCCGUGUGCGGGGUUCAUCCAUGUGCGGGUCCUGCCGUGUGCGGGGCUCAUCCGUGUGCGGGGUUCAUCCGUGUGCGGGGUUCAUCCAUCAAUUGACCUGGUGUUCCCGCUCUGUGAGGUGAUUGGCCUGGUGUUCCCGCUCUGUGAGGUGAUUGGCCUGGUGUUCGCGCUCUGUGAGGCAAUUGGCCUGGUGUUCCCGCUCUGUGAGGCAAUUGGCCCGGUGUUCCGGCUCUAUGAGGCGAUUGGCCCGGUGUUCCUGCUCUCCGAGCCGCAGGUGGGGCGGGAGCGGCACCGGGAGCGGGCGGAGCGGCUCUGCCCGGCCCCUCCCCGCCCGGCCCGGCCCGCGCUGGCCCCGCGCCCGGCGGGGCUGUGGCGGCGGACGAGGCGCGCUCCGCGCCCGCCUCCCCUGGCGAGCGGCGCCGGGCGGGCGGCGAUGGACGGGCAGCCCCCGGCGGGCCCCGCCGCGCCGCGCUGGAGGCGGCGAGCGACCCCCCGCCCGCCGCCGCUCGCCUGGAGCAAGCCGCGGCCGCAGUCGUACCAGAGCCCCAGCGGAGUGCUCGUCACCGACUUCCCCGUGGAGGACAGGUGCGCCUUCUCCGUGACUCAGCCCGACAGCACCCGCAACCGCUCGCCCGGCAGCCCCGCCAUGGGAUCGGUGUCCAACGGGACCGUGCGGCCGCCGGGCUCCCCCGCGCUGUCCCCGGACCGGCGCUCCCGGGUGCUCGCCUUGGCUCCGGACAGCCCCGUCGGUUCGACCGCCAACGGCACGGUCUCCCCGCCGGGCAGCGGGCAGGGCCGCCGGCCGCGGCCGCCCAGGAACGCGGGGCUGCCCGCGCUGGCCCCGCAGCAGGAGCGGAUCGUGUUCGGAGCCAGCGCUCAGCCCGCACCGUGCCCCCGGGCUGCCGGGCCCCCGGAGGAGCCGGGGAUCCCCGGGCGCGGCCGGGCUGCCGGGCCCCCGGAGGAGCCGGUGGUGUCCCGCGGGCCGCCGGCCGUGCCGUGCGCGGAGCCCCCCGCGCUGCUGAGCACGCACAGCCCCGCGGCGCGCAGGGUGGGCUCGCAGCAGCUGAUCCCCCGCAGCCUGGCCGAGAGCCGGCCCGCGGGCCGCGCCCAGGGCCACGAGCGGGGCCUCAAGGCGCGCAGCCUGGUGGAGACCCCCCGGCCGGCCCUGGGCAGCGACCCCGAGGACGAGCCCGAGGGCGGCCCGGGCGCGCUGCGGCGCGGGCUGCGCUCCACGUCCUACCGCCGGGCCGUGGUCAGCGGCGUGGAUCUGGACGGCUCCGCCAACUGCAAGAAGAAAAACAGAAUGUCCCAGCCCAUCCUGAAAGCGGUGGUUGAAGAUAAGGAGAAGUUCUCGAGCCUGGGGAGGAUAAAGAAGAUGCUGAAAGGACAAGGGACGUUUGAUGGGGAAGAAAAUGCUGUAUUAUAUCAGAACUAUAAGGAGAAAGCUCUGGACAUAGAUUCUGAUGAGGAGUCUGAGCCCCAAGAGCAGAAAUUGGAUGACAAGGUUGUUUUUCACUAUAAGCCCCUGAGGUCGACGUGGAGCCAGCUCUCUGUGGUGAAGAAGAAUGGCCUGUCAGAAGCCAUCAGCCAGGAGGAAAGGAAGAGACAGGAGGCGAUAUUUGAGGUGAUAUCUUCUGAGCACUCCUAUUUGCUGAGCCUGGAGAUUCUGAUCCGGAUGUUUAAAAAUUCCAGGGAACUGAGCCUCACAAUGACCAAAACAGAGAGCCACCACCUCUUCUCCAACAUCACCGAUGUUUAUGAAGCAAGCAAAAAGUUCUUUGAAGAGCUGGAGGCCAGGCACCAGAACAACAUUUUCAUCGAGGACAUCAGCGACAUCGUGGCCAGGCACGCGGGCUCCACCUUCGACCCCUACGUGAAGUACUGCACCAACGAGGUGUACCAGCAGCGCACCCUGCAGAGACUGCUAGCCACAAACCCAGCGUUCAAGGAGGUGCUGUCCCGGAUCGAGUCCCACGAGGAGUGCCGGAACCUGCCCAUGAUCUCCUUCCUCAUCCUCCCCAUGCAGAGAGUCACUCGUCUGCCCCUGCUGAUGGAUACUAUUUGCCAGAAAACCCCCAAGGAUUCAGCAAAAUACGAGAACUGCAAGCAGGCUCUGAAGGAAGUCAGCAAGCUCGUGCGUCUGUGCAACGAGGGCGCCCGCAAGAUGGAGAGGACGGAGAUGAUGUACACCAUUAACUCCCAGCUGGAAUUCAAAAUCAAGCCAUUUCCAUUGGUUUCCUCUUCACGGUGGUUGGUGAAAAGGGGUGAAUUAACAGCAUAUGUAGAAGACACUGGACUUUUUUCCAAAAGAACCUCUAAGCAGCAGGUGUACUUCUUCCUCUUCAAUGAUGUCCUCAUCAUCACCAAGAAGAAGAGCGAGGAGAGCUACAACGUGACCGAGUACUCGCUGCGGGAGCAGCUGCUGGUGUUGCCCUGCGAUGGGGAGGAGCCCGGGCCCGGCUCCUCUCCCGGGAGGAGCGCCCCGGGGAUGCUGCACUCGGGCAGGAGCGCUGCCUCGCACCUCUUCAGGCUCCUGCUGCUCAGCAACCACGCCGGGGACAGGGUGGAGAUGCUCCUGGGAGCAGACACUCAGAGUGACAGAGCCCGCUGGAUCACGGCGCUGGGCCAGGACAGCGAUGGGCAGCACACGGACAGGACCACCCUGGCUCAGGUGGAGACCAUCAGAACGUACACAGCCAAGCAGGCCGAUGAGCUCUCUCUCCAAGUCGCUGAUGUCGUUUUGGUUUAUCAAAAAGUGAAUGACGGCUGGUACGAGGGGGAGCGGCUGCGGGACGGCCAGAGGGGCUGGUUCCCCUCGGAGUGUGCCAAGGAGAUCACCUGCAGGGCCACGCUGGACAAGAACAUGGAGCGCAUGGGGCGCCUGCUGGGGCUGGAAACCAACGUGUAGCUGUGUCCUCACCCCCGGCUGGGGGCUGCUCCAGGACAGGGGACAGCAGCACCCUGGAGACUCGGGAUCCCUGCUCUGACAGCUCCGAGCUGAGCCCUGGCCCAGCAGCAGCCCCUUGCAGCAAUGUCUCGGGC